AUGGCUGCCAAAAGGAGUACCUACAACAAAUUCUUAAAACUAUACUUUCUCAAACUUAGUCCAGAUAUAAUCUACGAAACUAUUAAAGAUUUACCUGAUACAUAUAUUUGGACAUUUCUUCGUUUACCACCUUGUAGUUUAAAAGAUGUUUGUAUUGAUAAAUUAUCUCAAACUGAUUUAACUAUUAGUUUACCAAAAGAUCAUGGUCCUAUAAAUUUUGAUUAUAAUUAUGAUUAUGAUGAUUUUGAUUAUGAUUCAGAUUCUGAACCUAAAGAACCAAAGGGUGAAAAUUUUCUUAGUCAUCCAUAUUUAUCAACUGAAGCUCAAGUUAAAGAAUUCUUUAAUAUUGUACCAGAAAUUAAUCCUAGAAUUGUCCUGUUUCAAGCGUUUGGAAAGUUUCAUUUAAUGUUUUUAUUAGAAUUUUUAGAAAAAUUUAAGGAAAGAAUUUCAGAAAGAAUUGGAUUCCUUGAACUUAGUUGUUCUUCGGAAAGUCCUCUUGGAAUGGCUUUACAAACAAAAAUAGUCUUAUUAGCAAGAACUAUACCAAAUAUUACAAAUAUUCAAUACGGUUUCCGUUCUCAAGAAGUUUUUAAUUUAGAUAAAGUCCUUAAUCAAAGUUAUAAUUAUGAAACUACUCUUAUGCAUCACAGGAAAGGUGAAAAUAAUAAAGUGAUUAUUUUCCCAGAAGAAGCUGGAUGUUUAAUUAUUGAAGAUUUAACAGUUCCAAAUAUUCAUAUUGGUUUUAAACAAGUUAACAUGUUAAAUUUUGUAAAUUGUACAGAUAUUACUACAACAUUUUUAACUAGUAAUUUUCCAGAAAUUUUAGGAAUUUCUAGAGGUGAUCCAAAACUUCCACCUUUAGUAUUAUCUGAAGGAAAUUUAUUAGUUCCCAACUGUGUAAAAAUACUUUAUCUUCGUAAUACAAAACUUCAAUUAGUUGAAGGAUAUAAAUGGCCAUCUAGAUUGGAAACAUUAACUAUUCAUAAUUGUCAAAUAUCUUGGGCAAAAUUUAUGAAAAUUGAAUUACCAGGUACAUUAAAAGAGUUGGAAUUUUUAGAAAAUACUAUUGAUAGUGAAGUUCAACUUUUUAAAAUACCAAGUGCAGUUAAAAAACUCCAAUUAUCUAAUGAAUCUACUGAUAUUUCAAAUCCUAUAUUAUUUAAAACAUAUUUAGGUAAUGUAGAUACUAAAGAUACUUUGGAUUCUAUUUUGGAAUUACAAUUGAGUCACUUUAAAUUGGAUUUACAAAAUAGUUUUUUUAAUUUUCCAAUUAUUUUAGAAAAAGUUGGUUUAACUUACUGUAAUAUUACUUCAUUAAGUGAAAUUGUACCAUUCUUACCUGAAACUAUACAAGAAUUGGAUUUAUCACAUAAUGAAAUUUCUUUAAUUGAUGAUUCAUGGAAAAAAUUUUUAAAAAUUAAAGUUGCAAAAUUUAAUUAUAAUCAAUUAACAUGUGUUAGGGAUUGCUAUAUUCCACUGAGUUUGGAAACAUUUUCAGCUUCAAACAACAAAAUAAAGAAAAUUGGUAUUAAUGGUAAAGGGGGUCUCUUCAGUAAAAAUUCAAAAAAAUUGAACGAAAUUGACUUAACCAAUAAUCCUAUUGAAAUAAUUAGUUCUCAUAUUGAAUUUCCAACUAAUCUCAAAACGUUGAAAUUAUCACAUAUACUGACUAAAACUAUAAAUCUCUCGCAAUUUGCUUCUCAUGAUAAAUUCAAGCAUUUAGAGAUUACUGAUUCGAAAUUGAAAAGUAUAAAUUUUGCAAUCCAUCCUGUUACUCGUAAAUCAGUAAUUGAAGAUCUUGAUUUUUCUGGUAAUUCAAUUGAAACUAUUGGUAAGCAUACCAGUAAAAAAGAAAUGCAAAAGAUGUUGGAAGAUGCUUUUCAAAGAAUAAUUGUAAAUGCUGAUAAUAAUGAAGAAUUCCCUAAUUCUAUUAUACGCUUUAAAGCUUUAAUUUGA